AUGCGUAAACUGUCUCAGAUCAUCGACGCGCAACGAGAGUCUCUCGACGCGAUGGACUCUCCCCGCCUCACUCAGUCGCCAUUAACCAUCAAUACUUCAGCUCCUGCUUCGCCCGCGGUUUCUCUGUUCUCUGUCGCAGGCCAUAAUCGCAUCUCGAGUUCGGUCUCUUCCCUAGUCCCGUCUACCGGUCUUGGAAACUCAAUCGAUAGCCCCAGCCGGACUCACUUGACAGGUGUGAAAGAAGAAAUCUGUGCGCGCGAUUCGCUAGAAGAUCAAUAUUUUCAACACUUUGAAUGCGGCAUACCUGCCACUGACGAGGCUUAUUUCCCCACGGACCCCUCAGACAGCUACGACUUAGGUGAUGCUGCAAUGGAUGUCCCUCACUCGCCGAAGAAGCGCCGCUCCGAUAGCUUGUCAAUGAAAGGCGUCUCGCGCAUCGGCUCGCAUAUGUCCACUGUCUCCUCGCGUUGGAAGUCCAAGCGCGCAUCGGGAAGUCCCGAACGAGACAUCUAUUCUGAUGACCUGCGAUCUCGCGCCAAUUCUGCCGCUUCCUCCGCGCUAGCAAGUCCCAUCCUUUCCACCCCCAUCAGUCGCAUCGACUCGCAUGUACCUCCAUCUCCCGCCCAGACAAUUUUCGAGGAGCACGUCAGCAGUUCAGGCUCACGGCCAAUUGACAUCGCUCGCGCGAACAGCCUGAGCCAGGAUGACGAGGACGCCCAACAAGCCACCACUCCUCUUCUUCCGCCAUUGCUGGGCGACGAUCCCACGAGCGUGACCGCAUCGCGUGUGCAAUCGCCACUGCAAUCGCCUUCCGUUGCAGACGUGAGUGAACCCGCACAUUACGCAAUGACUUCGGAUCCACGAUUCAUCGCCGUGACCGGCAUCCCCUCCCCUCCCCUCUCCUCGAAGCCCUCCAUGGCGUCGAUCUCCCGGCCUCGCGCAAGCACGGUGCGCACUAUCUCUGGUGAGCCAGCACCCUUCGUGCUCACCGACCCCAACGAUGAGUGGGCCAACAAGCUCGGCCAUGCCAACUUCAACAUUCAACCCGAGCCAUACGCCCCAGCUACGUGUGAUUUGGAAAGCUUCCAUCAGCUGCGCGCAGACUGGGACAUCGCUCGAUGCAACUUCGCCAAGCACCUCGUCCGUACCGGAGAACACUACGGUGUGACCUCCAACAUCUACAAGCUGACUGGCGAGAAGUGGGAUUCCAUUGACCGCGAAUGGCGCGCACAACACAAGGCUAUCCUCAGUGGUCUUGGCUCCGUCGAUGGUGUUGCGCUCACUCUGACUCACACCGAGCUGCGCCCCUGCGAACAAGUCUGUGUCCCCCGACUUCACGACAACGCCAAGUUCCCCGAGAUGGGUGAUGAGGACAUUGUUGGACCGAUGACCGUGUCGCCGGUCGCUGAGAUUGCAGGCCCAUGCCGGACGAAAUCACUGAAGAAGCGCAAUUUCUUCCGCUUCUUCCAAGAUUUGGUUGGCCGACCUUGA